AUGAAUGGUAGCUUCAAUUUUUAUACUAAUCUAUUGAAAGUCCCUAAGCGUUUGUUACGAAGCUGGAAAGGGAACUUACGGGGACGCGUAACAAUACCUACUCUUCAGUCGCCAAGAUUGUUAAGGCCAUUAACUAAUUUCAAGUAUUGGAACCAAAGGCCUUUUCCAACCAAGAUGCUUUCUUCAAACAUAAGUAGUUUUUCCCGGAAAGCUGAAGAGCAAAUUGAUGAUAAUUUCGAUAGUGUACUUGUGCAGAAUUUGCGAGCCAAUGCAAAAGUGGGCACAGAUCAAUGGAGACGUGCAGCCUUGCAGCCAGUAGAAAUUAAUUUACGUAUGGUCCUUAAUACUCGGUUAAAUGGUGAAGACAAUCAUGACUUGCAAAACUCCAUCCAUUACGGAAUAGCUUCCAAACUUGUCUUGGAAACAGUUGAAAAAAAUGAAUUCAGUGGCUUGCGAAACAUGGUUGACAUGAUUGCUCUAUCUUGCCGCAACCAGUUUGAAUUUCGCGACUUUUUUGUCAACAUCCGAUUACCCAAGAAAAUUCUGCGUUCCAGAAGCGGAUUAGUAUAUAAUGCAGAAAGGCAUACACGUUAUCAACAAGACAGAGUCCAAAUCUUUGAUUUAGAGCUUGCAACGAUUAUAGGUAUUAAUCCUUUUGAGCGAAAGGAGAAGCAAAGGUUAGGUUUAGACAUUGCUUUCACUGUAGGCGAUGGUAAAGAAUUCGACUCUCUGGUGAUCUCUGAUUUAUGUCAUAAAGUUGCAAAUUUCGUUGAAUCUUCUAGUUUUUUAACUAUCGAGGCUUUGGUGCACAAACUUUCCAAGUUUCUCUGCUUCGGCCUGUCUAUUGACUGCGUGCAUAUCAAAGCAGAAAAGCCUAGUGCUAUCACAUUUGCGGAUGCUCCCGCAGUUCAAAUCUUUCGUUCAAGAAAUUCUUUCUUGCAAGAUUCCUUUCGCAAGUACGAGUCUAGCGUACCAAAAAUCGCUUACAUAUCAUUUGGAUCCAACAUCGGCACUCGCAUAAAAAAUAUAGCCACUGCUUUAAAAUGUCUAUCCAAACACGAGGAUGUUAGCAUUUUGGAUGUUUCACCACUAUAUGAAACAAAGCCUAUGUACUACGAGGACCAGUCGCUAUUCAUGAACGGUGUUUGUAAGAUUGAAACGAAAUUGUCACCUUUGUGUCUCCUUCGAGCAUGCCAAUCCAUCGAAAAGGAGCUAGGCCGUGUCAAAUUGAUCGAUAAAGGACCAAGGUGUAUAGACCUUGAUAUUGUGAUGUAUGAUGAUUGUAUCUAUGAGUCUGAAGAUCUUACAAUACCUCACGUUGGCAUGAUGGAAAGAGAAUUUGUUUUGAGACCAUUGGUAGCACUGGAUUCUACUCUUGUACAUCCUACUACCCAACAACUACUGCUUAAAAAACUAAAAGAAUUACCAGAUCAGGGAGUUAGAGUUCACGCCUCUUAUUUGACCAACUCUAUUAUGGAAGGUGCUGUUAUAAUGGGUAUCAUUAACGUAACACCGGACUCAUUUUCAGACGGAUCUUCUGUUACAAAGACUAAUGUUGUUGAGGUUGUGAAAGGGAUGAUAGAAAACGGCGCUUCUAUUAUUGAUAUAGGAGGUCAAUCAACACGUCCACAUGCCACGCCAGUUACCUUAAGUGAAGAAAUAGAUCGGGUAGUCCCGGUAGUACGUGCAAUUCGUAAUGCAGGCAUAGAUAUUCCAAUCAGCAUUGAUACUUUUGAAGUUGAAGUCGCUAAGGAAGCAAUCCAUGCGGGAGCUAACAUUAUAAACGAUGUGUCUUCUGGAAGAAAUUGUCCUGAUAUGCUUUCAUUUGCUGCAAAAGCCGAUGUUCCAAUUUGUUUGAUGCAUACAAGAGGUACUCCCCACACUAUGACUUCUCUUUCUAUAUAUGAGAAAGACAUAGUUCAAGAGGUAUUUGAAGAAUUAAAUGAAAGAGUUGAUGCUGCUAUAAAAGCUGGGAUCCCACGAUAUAACAUCAUUCUUGAUCCUGGAUUUGGCUUCGCUAAAAAAGCAGGGCAAAGUGCUUAUUUAUUGAAAAAAUUCGACGAACUCGCUAACUAUCCUGAAUUUAUGGAUCUUCAAUGGCUUUCUGGUCCAAGUCGCAAAGGGUUUACCGGCCAUUAUAGCCAGGACGUAGAACCUAAAAAAAGGAUUUGGGGGACCGCUGCGGCCGUGACAGCUAGUGUUUUAAAAGGUGCAAAUAUAAUUCGAGUGCACGACGUCAAAGAAAUGUCUAAAGUUGUAGCCAUGGCUAAUGCCGUCAAGUUGUCUUCUCCAUAA